AUGACUGAACAGGAAAUUGUUGAACCAAAAGUAUUUCAAUGUUCUCUAUGUCCAUUUUAUGCUUCUUAUGAUCGACAUGAUUCAAAGUAUAUUGAUGAAUCCAUUCAAUCAUCUGUAUCAACAACACAAAAUAAUAAACAUAAAAAAGAACCAUCCAUAACAAUUGAUUUAAUUGAAAAAGUAUAUCUUCUUCGUGAUCCGUUUGUUGCUAUUAAAGAUAAAGAUAAAGUAGAUCAAACAAAAUUACCAUCAUUAAUUAUUGGUUCAACAUGUUCUGUAUGUUCACGUCCAGUAUGUGUUCAUUCGGAUUGUAGUUUAUUUUAUACACGAAGAUUUUGUUUAAAAUGUGUUGCAAAAUAUCGUGAUGAAUUUCCACGUGAAAUUCUUGAUGAAAUUGGUGUUAAACGAUUAGAAAAAUUUUUAAAUGAAGAUUAUGAACAAUAUGAUGAAACUUAA